AUGGUCGAUACAAAAUGGCCACCAGGUUGCUUCCACGGCCCCGUAAUCCCCGGCCGUUUCUCGUUUGCUCACCGGACAUUUGACCGUUGCUCGAAUCGUUGCGCGCUCUUAUGCCUUGCACUUCAACGAGCGCACUCACCUUCUCACGUUCUUGCUCGGUUUAUCGCCUACUAUUUCCAUCUCCUUGAAAGCCAAAGCCGCAGCGAACCAUCUCUUCGAGUUUUAGACAAACGAGAAAAACACGUUCAAGAGACCAGCUGUUUACCUAACCGUCUUGUUUUACCUUUUUUAUCGACAAAGGCGCAAAAUACGCAGCUUCCCGCUGCUCUCAACCAAUCCUGCAGCGCGAGUCAAGGCUUCUCUGAGUCUGAUCUUACUCGUCAAUCGCUCCACCCAAGAAGUCAAGCCAUUUCUUGUGAAGCAAGAUCACUAGCUGCGAGUGCUCUUGUGCCUUCUUUCUCGUCCCCGCGUAACUAG